AUGAGUGACCAUAACCAGUUCCAAAAGCUCUUUGAUAAAAUCAAAAUAGAGAUGCAAAACCAAACCAAAGACAUAUUGUCUCAGAUGGACGAAAAGCUAUCACCGAUUAAACAAGAAUUAGAAGAAUUACGAUUGGAAAAUUUACAAUUGAAAGAUAAAUUAAAGAGUAUAGAAAAACAUCAUAAGAAAAACAACAUCAUCAUACAUGGCCUAGAAGAAGGAGAUCUACCCGAAAAUGAUCUACUAACAGAAAUCAAAGAAAAAUUCAAGACAAGCUUGGAUAUUUCCUUAGAAGACCGAGACAUUAAUAAAAUAAUGCGAUUAGGAAAAAAAGAUUUAGAAAAAAGUAGACCACGUCCAGUGUUGAUCGAGUUUGUUAACAAUUGGAAGAAAAACCAAAUUAUGAAAAAUAAAAAGCACCUCAAAGAUAUAUUUGCAACAGAAGAUUACCCUAAAGAUGUGCUUCAAAAAAGGAAACAGCUGCUGGAGCUAAUGCAUACGGAACGAAGCAAGGGAAAUUACGCAGUGAUUAUCUACGACAAACUAAUAAUCAAAGAGAACAACACCAGACAAGAAAAAAGGAAACGAGGACCAUCAAGCACUCCUCCUCCUCCUCAAGAGCAGGAAAAACCUCAAAAACAGCACUUGAAAAAAGCAAUGAAAACUAACGCCUUCGACGGCUUAAUGAGAAACAGAAAUAACCUCACCCCUACACAAGCUUCAACUUCAAACUCGUCCAGCUAG